GUGCAAGAAAGUAUAUGAGUAUAUGUUCCCUUAUAUUUUCGUGGAAAGAUGAACUCAACGAUCUAUUCUUCGAAUGUGACAUUUUCCGGUCCUUCUCCUUUUAGUCCUCCUAGCAACUUUCGCAAUGUCGCAGUCAUCUUUUCACCUUUCUAUCCUUAAAGAUUUCAUUCAAACUCGUCUCCCACAUGUUCAACUGGUGACCCCAACCUCUCCAGAAUAUGCAGCUUCGCGCUCAACAUUUUGCUUAUCCAAUGCUACCGUUCCGCUUGCUAUUGUGAAGCCGGCAACGAUAGCAGACGUAUCCGCGUUGAUAACUUUUACCACCGACCAUCAGAUCCCAAUUACAGUACGUUGUGGCGGCUAUUCUUAUUUUGGUUCCGAAUUUUCGUCCUCUGCUUUAGCAAUCGAUCUCCGCUGUCUCGCAUCAAUCCGCGUUUCAUCCACCCGUAAUUCUGCAACCAUUGGAGGAGGAGUCCUCCAGGGAGAUCUCGCUCGUGAGCUGAGUAGGAAAGGCUUGGUGACACCGGUUGUAGCUGUUCCAUCUAUGGGUUACGCAGGAUGGGCGAUUUAUGGCGGGUAUGGUCCAUUUAGUGCUGCUUAUGGACUAGGUGUAGACCAGAUUAUUGGCGUGAAAGUUAUUGAUUCUGACGGAGAGAUUAGAGAUUCUGAUGUUGAAGGAGAAGAUGGGUUAUUACGAGCUGUCAGAGGCGGAGGUGGCGCGUUAGGGGUUGUUGUCGAGUUGAGAAUCAAGGUUUACCCAUUGCAGAAGGUCCUUGCGGGAAAUAUGGUCUUCGAAUCAGAGAAUAUAUCAAAAACAGUAGAGGUCUUUAACAGCAGAUUCAAAGAGCUAUCCGAGCGAGGACUACCCCUGCAGUUGACAGUCCAGCAAAAAGUCUUACCAAGUUACCAAGGACAAGUAUUCGGAGUUCAAUUCAUGUGGGCUUCAGAAGAUAUUAGAACUGGAAGUCAACUCCUGGCUUAUAUCGAAUCACUUGCACCUGUCAGCCAAAAUGAAGUCAUCUCCACUACACUCUCGCAAUGGAUGGAUUCCAAUACUAGACUCCCUACUAGUGGAUAUGGCAACCCCCUUACAAUAAAUGUGCGGAGUAUAACACCCGAGAUUAUGACGGUCUUAGCGAAAAAUUCAAAAUGGAUGCCGAGGGAUUGCUUGGGGUUUUCCAUGCAGGAGCUCCGUGGAGAAUCAACCAAGACAGACCUCACAGCUGUUUUUGGCGCGCGGGAGCCGCAUUUCAUGCUUGAGAUAUUGCCGAUCGUAUCCGAUAUGAAAAACCUCGAAGAUGCAAACAGAUGGGGAGAGAACUUUCUGGGAGAGCUUAAAAGAACAAACCCCGAAAAUAUAUUGGAGGGGACUUAUAUUUCUUUGACUCGACAAAGCGAGCUGUCUCUAUCUAAGAUUUAUGGCCCGAAUUAUGGUAAUUUGCUUGAGUUGAAGUGGAUGUACGACCCGAAUGAUGUUUUCAGCUUGGCUAUACCGAAGCUAAUUGAUAGAGCCUCGUAGACUAACCAUUGCCUGGAAUUUGUUGAGAACCUGUAAUCUUAUGAAAACAAUAUAAAAUAUUAGAAUAAUAGAUAGCAAUAGACAGCAGUAAAAUGAAUACA